CCCUGUCCGUGUCCGAAUCGAUAAACUGGCAUCAUAUCCUUGCUUCAAAUUUCAUUGAGAUGGGAGAUUGCAGGCCAUUAGGUUUCUUGCUGGGACUCCCAUUUGCCUUGGUUGCCUUAGUUUUAUCUGUAAUUGGUGCAGUCAUCUGGAUCAUCGGAUCUGUGCUGAGUUGCCUAUGUCCGUGUUGUGUGUGCUUUGCGGGGAUUGCAAAUUUGGCGGUGGGGCUUGUCAAACUGCCGAUCAAGGUCCUCCGAUGGUUCACUCAUCAAAUACCCUGUUGAUUCCUAAUUCCCCUUUUUUAUUAUGUCAUUGCCAUUAUUCCUUUGUUUCUUAGUCGUAGAUUAUUUGGGGAGUUUUAAUUAGUCGAUGUGUAUGAUGUAUGUGUAAUAAUGCUAUUUUUUUUUAUCAAUGAUUCUUUAAUUGGUUGGCUUUGUUGACCUUAAA